AGACGCUGAUUGUGAACGAAAGGGACGAGUGUGAAGUAAAGACAAUAUAACAGAAGAACAUUUUCCGGUUGCCUCCUUCAAACCCCAAUCUCCGUGAUCAAUUGCAAGUUUUGUUUUAGUUGUUCUCGUCCGGAUCAUCGCGUCAGGAGGAUCUCGCCAGGAGUAUCUCGUCAGAAGGAUCGCGUCAGGCCGAUCGCGUCAGGGGGAAUUCGUCAGGAGGAUCUCGUCAGAAGGAUCGCGUCAGGAGUAUCUCGUCAGGAGUAUCUCGUCAGAAGGAUCGCGUCAGGCCGAUCGCGUCAGGGGGAAGUCGUCAGGAGGAUCUCGUCAGGGGGAAUUCGUCAGGAGUAUCUCGUCAGGAGUAUCUCGUCAGGAGUAUCUCGUCAGAAGGAUCGCGUCAGGCCGAUCGCGUCAGGGGGAAUUCGUCAGGAGGAUCUCGACAGGGGGAAUUCGUCAGGAGGAUCUCGUCAAGAGGAUCGUUUUAGUAGGAUCUCAUCACAAGGAUCGCGUCUUGCCGAUCGUGACGGGGGGUCAGCUCGUCUGGAGGAUCGCGUGAGGGGGAUCUUGUCAGGAGAAUCGCGUCAGGGGGAUCGUGUCAGGCCUAUCGCGUCAGGAGAAUCUCGCCAGAAGGAUCUUGUCAGGAGGAUCACGUCAAGGGGAUCGUGUCAGGGAUAUCUCGCCAGGAGGAUCGCGUCAGGUCGAUCGCGUCAGGAGGAUCGCGCUAGGGGGAUCUUGUCAGGGGGUCAUCUCGUGAGGAAGAUCGCGUAAGGGGAAUCGUGUCAGAGAUAUCUCGUCAGGAGGAUCGCUUCACUGAUUUAAACAAUUGAUGAAAACGUCUGAUAAGUAAAAAAGUAAAUAUGGAGUGUGCUAAACAUCCGGGCAAUCAGAUAGUAUCGGUGUGUGUCACAUGCGAUACCACUCUGGUGUGUGUGGAAUGUAUGACAGAUGUGCUACAUCAAGGUCACGUGUUCCGGAAACCACAGAGAAUUGCAAACGACAUAAAAACAAAACUAAAACAAAAUGAAGCAGGAAAUCGUAAUCUGAUGUCUUGCCUAGAAACGGAUUUGAUUGAGAUACAGAAGAGGAGAGCACAACAAGACGAUGAACAAAAGGAAAGAGUCAAAUUAAUCAACGAACAAAGGGAGGAGGUCACCAGGGCUGUCAACAAGAUGGCUGAUAACUUAAUAUCGCACUACGAGACCCAAACGCAAUGUAAUUGUGUUAAACUGAAACAUGCGAAUGACGAAAUUUCCGCAAAAUUAGAAAAAGUGAGACGACACGAAGAGGAUGUUAAUCGUAUCAUUGAUGAAUCGGACGAGAUAAAAGUCGUAAAUGAUUCACAAAAGCUUGAAGAUAUAGACGGACACAGGAAUCUGGUUCCUAAAUUAGACACUAUCGAGUUUACUCCCAGGAAGGUGAACACCAGCCAGCUGACACUGAUGUUCGAGGGAAACGCCGCCGAGAUGGAUGAGGGAAAGUCACUACAAGCAGCCCAAUCACCAUCGAGUAUGGCUCAGUCAACUUACAAAGGUUCUGAUUUCGUCGGCACUCUCGUCCACAAAGGUAGGGAACUCGUCUUGAAGACGACAUUCAAACACACCAGAUAUAGAUCUAUACAGAACAUGUGUUCUGGCUGUUCCGGAAAAGCAUGGAUAAGAUGUGAAAAGGGAAGGGAAAUAACUCUUAUAGAUCAACACGGACACAUAGAGAGGACUUUGACCUUUUCCUCCAAUAUUGCUGGUAUGACGACCGUUAAUGGCGAUACACUGUUGGUUUGCGGAAAGGAAGAAAGAGAUAUUAAACAGGUAACACUGCCCACUGGAAAGGUCACUUCAGUAUUCUCCACUGGGAAGUUGUACCCGCGGGACAUUUGUACCGCGCAGAAUGGUGACCUUUUUGUUACCUUGAUGGAUGAGUUUGGAUUCAACGUCACCGCCGACAGUGAGAGGGUACUGGUGCAGUACUCUUCCCAGGGGCUGGAGAAGGGUCGGGCCAGCCACGACAGACGCGGUGAUGCCCUGUUUGUCAGGCCCUACAGGGUGAGAACCAGUAACACGGGGGACGUUAUAGGUGUGACUAAUUGUACAGACAACUACAACAAACACCUGGUCCUACUGAACGGAGACCUAACGCUAAGGUUGCGGUUUCUAGGUCACGGCAAGGUCAUUUCUGUGGAGGAGAAGUUUGAUACUACUACCUACAAACCAGACACGAUGUAUUUCAUCUACGAUUUCAUCUUCGACUCAUUCGACAAUGUCGUUAUCUGUGAGAAAUACAGUGCGUGUGUCCAGCUUCUGUCCAGAGAUUGUGUCCCGAUGGCUACCAUUUUACCGACACAGAAGAUUAUACCGCGGUCUGUUACUAUGGCUGAUGAGGAGAUGUGGCUGGGGUUUAAUGACGGAACAGUGAAUGUGUACGAGGUAUAUUAUGUUUAUUUUAUAUUUUCUAUAUAUUUGUCAUAUAUUCAGAGACACUUACUUUAUUUCUAGGAGGAUAUGAUAUUGCAAAGGAUUUUAUUUUUCUAAUUUUCGAAAUGUAAGUCCGCUGACGAGUUCCAGUUUUGUUUGGGUUUAUUAUUGUUUAACACCCUAAGAGUAGUUACAGCCACAGAAAGGGGCUUUCUUCGCUUGAAUAAAGUUGAUGUCGUCAAAAUUAAACUUACUGGAAAAUAUGUAUUUUACCAAAUAGUAAAAAUUACAAUUUUUACAUUGAUACGGCAGUUUUAACCCUAAAGUUCUUGGAGUAUUAAGUCCUGAAAAUUCUUAAGUUCGACUCGAAGUAUCACUAAUUACCGCAAAGACAUAAUUAUUUGUCUACAAUGCGCCUUUCUUUAUACAUUUUGGCGUAACCUGGAGGCACAAGCACUCGUAUAAUCAUCUUUCGGACAUACGUUUCAUCAACAGAUGUUUGUGAUGUCCGAACUUAUAGGAAUGUCCCUUAAGGACGACAUUUAUAUAU